AUGACCAUUAUAUCUGGCCUCACCGUUAUCACCGCUCCCGGUCCUACGAUUUCAAGACCGCAGCCAUGUUGGUGGAUGUCAACUCCAUCCGUCGAGAAAAACUGUUUGCUCACCGGACACACUACAGUAACUCCUACUCCUGUGGUUUUCCCGACGCCCUCCAUAAUUCCAUCUUCGACGACUCUAUCAAUCUCGACUUACGGCCCAGCUUCGCCGACAGGAUCGAUCGACGUGGUAUGGCCGUCGUCCGGCUGCGAUGGGUUCAUUGUCAACGAAACAUGUGUCCCGUGGCAGUACUGGCUGGAUAUGUACAACGAAGCGUUCCCACCGACGGGCUGGCCGAAGCCGCAGGCCAGUGUCGUGUUCCAGACGCCGGACCUCGACAUUCGCGGACCGAACGCCUGGUGUAAUGGAUUCGUGAUCAACAAUUUCUGUCUGCGGGUGGCGGAUGUGUUAGCCAUGCUCGGGGAUAGGUUUACGAGGACGUCGAGUGCGUUGACAACGGCUACUGCUAGCGACCCUGCACUCGCCCCAGCUCCACACAAUUCCAACCCAAAGCUCGGUUUUAUCGCCAUCCCGAUCAUCGUCAUCCUCGUAACUGUCAUCGGCGGAACCUUCUUCUGGCGCCGACGGGCGCCGAAGAAAGCUUCCCCUCCCGCGGGCCCUCCCCCGCCGAUCGAUUCGAAUCCGAUUGCCAACAUCGCGCAACUUUAUGGGCCACCAUAUCCCGACGUCGAGCAAGAUCCACGCCCAUCUAUGUACGAACGGAGGUCGCAGGGAGGCAGGUACUUGCGGAAUGGGGUUAAGAUCUUCGAUGUAAGACACGCGAACAGGGAGAGGCAGAAGGAGAUGACGAGAAGGGGCCAGGAAAUAGAGCAGGGACCGAGUAGUCUGGUAAGGAAGGAGUGGUGGGACAAAGAUCUUCUGUUCUGA